CGUCACAGUUUUCUUUUUCCUCCCCUCUCUCCCUCGUUCCCUCUGUUCCUCUGUUCCUCUCUUCCUCUCUCUCCACACCGCCCACUCUCACUCACCGCCGCCUCGCCGGCUUCUUCUCCCCGUCACAUCGCCUGCUACCCUCUUUUUUCUGCAUUUUUUGGUGGAGAAACGCCGCGCAUUCUUUGGACCAAAACAGCAAAAACACAAACCACCACCAUGGCGAACACCGAGGAUAAAGUGGUGGCGAAACAGGAGAAUGCGACCACCUGGAAGGACUCCUUCUACAACCCGAGGACCGGGGAGUUUAUGGGUCGCACGGCCAGCAGCUGGGCCCUCAUCCUGCUCUUCUACCUGGUGUUCUACGCCUUCCUGGCCGGGAUGUUCGCGCUGACCAUGUGGGUGAUGCUGAUGACUCUGGACGACAACGUGCCCAAGUACCAAGACCGCGUUCCCUUCCCAGGGUUGGCGAUUCAACCAAAUUCACUGGAUAUUAUCUACAAUAAAUCUGAACCAUUAAAGUACGCCCCGUAUGUCCAGAAGCUGGAAUCCUUCCUGCUGAGUUAUAAUGAUACCGAGCAGGAGAAGAAUGAGGAGUGCACUCGAGGAGAGUACUUCCUGCAGGACGACGCCGAGGACAUGGAGAAGAAAGCGUGCCGCUUCAAGAGGGACUUCCUGAGUCUGUGCUCCGGCCUCUCCGACACCAACUUCGGAUAUUCUGAGGGGAAACCGUGCAUCCUGCUUAAAUUGAAUAGGAUCAUCGGACUUAAGCCUCGUGGGGAACCCUACAUCACCUGCGCAGUCAAAAAAGACGAACCCAUUCAAAUGCAGUAUUUCCCCCGUGAAGGCAGCAUUGAUAAGAUGUAUUUCCCCUACUACGGAAAGAAAGCUCAUGAGACCUACGUUCAGCCCCUGGUGGCCGUGAAGCUGCUGCUCACCAAAGAGGACUACAACAAGGAACUGGCGAUUGAGUGCAAGGUGGAGGGCUCCGACCUCCGUAACAACGACGAGAGGGAUAAGUUCCUGGGCCGUGUCACCUUCCGGAUCAAGGUGGAGGCGUAGGUGGAGUAAAAGGACGAGAAACCCACGCAGAGGCUGACCAGGAUUUGAAAAAUAAAGAUAACAAAAACGUGUCAAAAACGUCACAAAGACGGCAUUUUUGGGACGUGGCCCGACAGUUUGUUGUAGAUAGGUUAGAUGCAGAUAUUGAAUGACAUUCUGACCCUUCUUUUCCUUCACGAUCUCCCCAAAGGUCAGACACAGGCUCUGCUUCCUGACCCCAUCAUCUCAUUCACCUGUUGCACUGCGCAUUCCUCACCCCUUUUUAAUAUGUUUUAAUUUGUAGUAUUGAUGUGAUUAGAAACCGUAUAGCCAUUUCAACUAAGCUACUUGGAGCUGUUGUGUAAUUGCUGAUACAACUUUUUUAGUUUUGUUUUUUCUGCUCAUACCUCAUUCCAAUCUGUAUGAAUGAGCGCAUUGUCGCUGGAAGAUUCGUACCUUUCUGUAUAGUGUAAUUGAGAAAGUAGAACAUCACUUAAUCGCAUCACAAAGACGUCAUAGGAAACGUACCUUGAUAAUCAAGUAUAGCCACUGUAUCUCUGUAUAUGAAAUGCCAAUUACAAAGUCCCUUUCUACAUAUAAAUACAUUGUGAUCCUUAUCAUAUUUAGGGAAUUAUAGAUAGUUCUUCGUGUCGAGGCCUGCGUGGCCGCGACCCCGUCUCGUGCUGUAUGUCCGUCUGUCUGCAUGUCUGUCUGCCUGUCUGUCCGUCUGUCUGUCUGCCCGUCUUCCUGUUUACUCACCUCUCCACUGCAAUAGCCAACAUGUGGGCGGGCCCUCCGGGAGAAGCUGUCUCGCUCCACCUUCACCGGGUGCUGCGCAGUGAUGGUGGCUGAGGCGACACACACACACACACACACACACACACACACACACACACACACACACACACACACACACACACACACACACCGAGAGAGUACAGUGUAAACAAACUAGAAGAAGUCGCAAAAUACAAACUGUAACUAUGUAUUGUAUAUAUCUGGGUCUCAACGAUUGUUCGUCAGUUUCUUCAGCCUGUUGAUCUGAUUGUCUGCCAAUCUAUUACUCUUCAAUGUAUAUGUAUAUACACACACUAUCUACCAUAUUUACUUCACACUGUAUUUUUGUCACAAAACACAAUGUCUGUGCACUGUAAAGAAAUAAUUUAAGCAAAGAUUUACAGGAAAUGAUCUUAUUCAAAGCUAUGUUUACACAGUCUUAAAAGGAACCCUCAUUUGAAAGACCAUCUUGUAACAUCUCUUCAGGGUGCCUUAAGACCUGAUCAAAUAAAUGGUGGAAUAAAAGUGAUUUUGAAGAAAAAUA